AUGCUAAUAUUUAAUAAUUAAAAUAUUUGUUAUUAUAAGGACAAGAAAACAAUGGGAGGUUUAAAAAAGAAGUCUGAGAAGAGAAUUAAGAAGGAAGAGUACUGGGUCAAACUCCAAGAACUUUCUGAGAAAUACACCAAGGCUCUCUUAGUUGAUGUAGACAAUGUCAGCAGCAAGCAAAUCAACUAAAUUAGACUCAAGUUGAGACCAAUUGGUGCUAAGAUGAUCAUGGGCAAAAACACCUUAAUGAAGGCCGCUCUUAACCACAAAAUGACUGAACCAGUUGAAACUGAUGUGGACUACGAGACCAGAAAGGAAACCUGGAAGAAUUGCGAUGAACUUGAUAAGAUUGUUUAAUUGCUUAAGGGAAACACCGGUCUUAUCUUCUCCAACGGAGAUCUUGCUGAAAUCAAGAAAAUCCUUGAUUAAGAGGCCAGAGAAGCUCCAGCCAAGGUUGGUGCCGUCGCCCCAGAUGAAGUCUGGAUUAGAGCUGGUUCAACCGGUCUCGACCCCAAGCAGACAAGUUUCUUCCAGCAAUUGAACAUCCAAACCAAGAUUGUCAAGACCCAAAUUGAAAUCGUUGCUGACAGAAAAAUUAUCUCAUCUGGUCAAAAGAUUGAGGCUACCCACGCCGCUCUCUUAGAUAAGUUGAAGAUCAGACCCUUCAGCUACAAGAUGCACGUCAAGAAGGUCUACGAGGAGGGAUCCAUCUUCAACACAGACGUCCUUGAUAUCACCCCAGAGGAUAUCUUAAGCAGAUUCAGGCAAUCAAUUGGAAACUUGGCUUCAAUCUCACUCGCUUCAGGUUAUGUUACCAAGCCAGCAGUGCCACACAUUCUUGCCAACGCUUUCAAGAACUUAGCCUCAGUCACCUUCGAUGCUGACUACUCAUUCAAGCAAGCCGACAAGCUUAAGGAAGCUGCUAAAAACGCAGUCCAUGUCUCUGCCCCAACUGCCACCGUUGCUGCUACCACCACUGCUGCCCCAGCUAAGGUUGAAGAGAAAAAGGAAGAGGAGGCCGAUGUUGAUAUGGGAGGUCUUUUCGGAGAUGACUACUGA